AUGGCGGCCCUGGACACACUGCAACGCCUGCCUGUAUCGCCCUUCCUUUUGAAGCUCGUCCUACUCGCUUCUACGCCGUUUCUCCUAAGCGCGACAGUGUACUUCUACCUCGUUCCCAAUGUCUUCAAGGAUCCGCGCAGACGCAAGCUUCCGCCCGGCCCUAAAGGCCUUCCUUUCGUGGGCAACAUGUUCGACUUCGCCGACAGCGAGACGGUUCGCGGCAAAGUGACCGAAUGGCACAAGCAAUACGGUGACCUGUUUUACACGAAGAUCGGUGGCACAGACUAUGUCUGGCUUUCCUCGCCCAAAAUCGUGAAGGAUCUCAUGGAUAAGAAGUCUAGCGUCUACUCCUCACGCGCCCCCUUCCCCUUAGCACAGGAUGUAAUGAGUGCAGGACGGCGACAGCUUUUCAUGCCUUAUGGACCUCGCUGGCGAUCGAUUCGAAAGCACAGCCAUGCAUUACUGAACCUGACCACGAGCGUCAAGUAUCAACCCGUCCAGAACUUCGAAAGCAAACAGUUGCUGGUGGAUUUUUUAAACAGCCCGAAGGAUUUUUACAUGAUGAAUAGGAGGUAUAGCGCAAGCGUAAUCAUGCUAGUAACAUACGGCUAUCGGAUACCGUCGUGGGAGGAUCCACUCAUCAAGAAGAUAUACACUGUUCUCGAAAACUUUACCGACAUGACGGCUCCUGGUGCGUAUGCGAUCGACAGCUUUCCUUCCCUUACGUUCCUCCCGGAGUGGCUAUUGGGCAACUGGCGGACCCAUGGAAAACGCGCAUUCGCGCACGACAGCAAGGUAUAUCUCGACCUUUGGAACCGUCUCAAGCGCGAAACGGAUAGCGGCGAGGCUCGAAACUGUUUUACUAAGACCUUUUACCUCAACGACCCCGCGAAGAGCGGAAUUGACGACUUGGCGGCUGCAUAUACCUGUGGCGGUCUGAUUGAAGCAGGCUCGGAGACGACCGCGACCGCGUUGAACAAUUUCAUGCUGUGCAUGACGCUAUUUCCAGAAGCCCAGAAAAAGGCGCAAGAAGAGCUAGAUAGAGUGGUUGGGCAGGAUCGUUUACCAGAUUGGGAAGAUGAGAAAGAUUUGCCCUAUGUCCGGAGUCUGAUCAAGGAAGUUCUAAGGUGGCGACCAGCGAAUAAGUUCGGUAUGACACAUGCGACAUCGGAAGAUGACUGGUAUGAGGGUCACUUCAUUCCAAAAGGGUCCGUUGCGGUGUUGAACUGGUGGGCCAUCCACCGUGACCCGAAGAUCUGGAAGAACCCCGAUGACUUCAACCCUUCUCGAUAUCUUGACAAGCCCCUCUCCGCCGCCGACUACAUCAAUUCCACGGACCCUUACGAGCGCGACCACUUCGCGUACGGUGCAGGAAGGCGAGUAUGCCCCGGAGUUCAUGUUGCGGAGCGCUCUUUGUAUAUCAACAUUUCUCGAGUGUUGUGGGGUUUCAAUAUCAGCAAGAAGAAGGGACCAGAUGGGAAGUUGAUUGAGCCGACGCAAGAAAUGAUUAAGGGUUUCUUUUCCGUUCCAAUACCGUUCGAGUGCGAGAUUACGCCAAGGUCUGCGAAGCAUGAGGGGAUCAUGAGGGAAGAGUUCACGAAGGCGGAGAAGGAGGGGAUCGACUUUUAAUUAUAGAACCUCAGGUUCUUCAGAGAAUUGAAAGUGUCUCAAAGCUUUGACUUG